UGGGCGGGGCCACGACUGCACCUGAACGCUGAAGCCUUCCUACUUCCUACUGCACAUUGUUCCGAUCGUUCAACUGCGACGGGAAACAAAGUAACUAGCUGGAAAAGGAGACAAGUUCGAAAAGGGUGUGAGUCGGAGGACGAGGAGGAGGUUUGUGUCGUUCUUGUAGCAGGUAUGAACACGGACUCGGAGGAGCGGGAAGAUGAAAUGCUCGCGCUCCACAGUAUCUUCGGUGCGGAAGAAGAGUUCGUCCGGAAGGAGCCGAGCGCCGCCGGAGAAAUCCGAGUGUCGGUGGAGCUUCCGGCAGGAUUCACCGUGUCUCUGACGGAAGGUGAAACGGUGAGGCAAUAUGAGAUAUUGUUCCUUCCUCCUCUGCUCCUGACCUUUGAACUUCCUGAGGACUACCCAUCCUCCUCCCCUCCCUCCUUCACCCUCACCUCCAGCUGGCUCACACGCUCACAGCUCUCUGCACUGGGCUCGCAGCUCGCCGACCUCUACCAGGCCACCGGAGGCGCUGUGGUGCUCUUCUCCUGGGUGCAGUUUCUCCGAGAAGACGCCCUCGGGUUCCUGGACAUUCGCGAUCGGCUGGAUCUGUCCUCAGUGGAUUGCAAAUCCAAUCAUCCUCCAUUCGUGGAGUCUGAUGGAACCGGCCGUGAAGAUUUCUUGAAGGAAGGCGAUGUUGCGGCCUCCUCAAGCUCUUCAGGCGAGUUAGACUUAAGUGGACAAGGAGCCGCUUCUCUACCGCUUCUCCUCAGACAAUCCCCUCAGAGUAAGCACCGAACCGUCCCCGGUGAUGUCUCCCCGACUCCGUCACAAGCUCUCCUGUCCGAGCUGCUGAUCUACGACGCCGCCCAGAGACAGAGGGCGUUCGCCAACACGGUGUUCGACUGCGGCGUGUGUUUUGUGGGCUGGCUCGGUUCGGAGUGUGUGCAGCUGCACGAGUGCGGCCACGUCUUCUGCCAGUCUUGUCUGUCCGAGUUCUGUAAGAUGCAGAUAACGGAGGGGAACAUACGGGGAGUCAGCUGUCCCGAGGCGUCCUGCGAGUCCUGCCCCACACCUGCACAGGUUCAAAGUCUGGUCGGGGAGGAGCUGUUCGGCCGCUACGACCGUCUCCUGCUGCAGUCGACUCUGGACCUGAUGCCCGACGUGACGUACUGUCCCCGGCGUACCUGCGGUUCGCCCGUCAUCCUGGAGAAGUCCGGCACCGCGGGUCUGUGCUCCGUGUGCGGCUUCGCCUUCUGCGUCGCCUGCAAGAAGACCUACCACGGAGCGGAGGGCUGCCGGCCGAAGGGGAGCUUGAAAGAACUGAUCGAAAUGGACGCACACGAAGACAAUUUGGACCUGCCGCAGUCACAAGAGGGGCUGACGGCUCUGUCGGACGACUACCUCAGUGGCAGUGAGCAGAGGCGGAGCCUCCUGCAGAGCAGAUACGGCCGCAGGGUGAUGAAGAUCUUUCUGCCGGACAUCCUGAGCGAGGACUGGAUCGUCUCCAACAGCAAGAGUUGUCCUCACUGCUACACUAAAAUAGAGAAAAACGGAGGAUGUAACAAGAUGACGUGCUCUCGGUGUAGACAGAACUUCUGCUGGCUCUGCCUGACCCGACUGACGGGACGGGACUACAGCGGUCACUUUCAGGACAGCGCCUGCUCUAUCUUCCAAUACGACUUCUAGACCCAAUUCAGCUACACUGGCCACCAGCCAUGGAGGGAAUAGAGUCAAUACGUUAAGGAAUACGUAAAAAAAAUAGGCUUG